UCAGUUAGUGCGUGGCCUUUAGACGAUCAUCAUGGCUUUUCUGCCGCUUCUGCUUCUGCUUGUGCUGGCCUGUGCCAGCGUCUCCGCCGCUCCGAUGCUGUACAAACUGAACCCCGAAGAGAAAUACGAGGCAGACCUCGUGCCCGUCUCCUCCACCGUCAUCCCGCUGACCGUGCUGGAGGUGAGCUACGGGGCAGGCGGCAAGCCCAGCGAGGAGUACAAGGCGGCCUACCUGCGCAAGUUGCGCAAACAGGUGCUUCAGCGGACGACUGGCAAGUCGGAGGAGGACGAGGCGCCCACUCUGCUGGGCCUGUCCGACUUCCCAGCGAAACCCGCUCCCGCCGACGCAGAUGCUCUGAUCACAGUCAAGUCGCAGCAGCUGGAGAGGGCCAAGGUCAAGGCCGUCGCCGUCUGAGCCACGCAGGCUGCAAGUGGAAGUGAAACCAUGGCUCCAACUGAAGUAACAAGCUGAUGUCAUGGCCCCAACAGAAACCAUAAACAACAACUAACCGAAUCGCA